AUGUGGCCCUGUCACCUCUAUAAGGGGGACGAUGGGCACAGCUUCCCCAGCCCCCAGGUCUGGAUUUUGGUCCCCCUCCUCUGCCCUGCAGGCCCCUGCCAGCCCCAGGGGCUCCCCGCUGGUGAGACUCCCCAGCUGCGCUACACCGUGGUGAACAAGCUGCGCACCUAUUCGGGCGCCCAGCGCUACUGCCAGGACGUGUACCGGGGCCAGCUGGCCUCGGUGCACAGCUCUGCCCGCAACCAGGAGCUGCAGAAACUGGCAAAAACCUACAACAAACUCCUCUCACCCUGGAUUGGAGCUGUCACCAGCUGCAGGGAGGGGAAGUGGCAGUCCUACUGGGAGGACUCCAGCCCCUGGAACUUCGCGAACUGGGCACCCACCCAGCCCUUGCAUGGCAUCACCACCUGCACCACCCUCAGCGUCCGAAAUGGGCUCUGGCGAAGCCGCAUCUGCUACCAGUUGCGCCCGUUCAUCUGCCAGUACUGAGCCCCCCGUGCUGCCAUGGCGCCCCAGUUCC